GAAGAAGAAGGAGUCACUCGAGUGGCUCGCAGUUGCCACUGAAUCAAACAAAAGCAGCGAUUGAUACAGAAAUGGCUCAAACGGGAAAAAGCGAUUAUUUCAAAAGAACCAGCUUGUUCUGGAUCAUCGCCGUUACGUUGGCUGUUGGACAUUUUUCUGUGAUCGUGUUUGCACCAGAAGUCUUCCCCUUCGCAUACCUGGGUCCGUAUGGAACUUUCUGCCAGUACCUCCAGGAGAACUACAGCAACGCUUUGUACAUCCUGUGGCUGCUGGCCUUCGCUGUCCACGUCGCUGAGGCCCUCAUCUCACUGGUGCUGUGCAGCAACAAGGGCAUCACAAGCGGCACAGCGCGCUUCCUGUGGUUCUUCCAGACCUUCCUGUUCGGGAUGACCUCUCUCGGCCUGCUGAUCAACCAUGUCAAACUCAAGGCAGUGGACGCGAUGAUGGCUCGGCCCGACUUCUUUCGAGCAGUGGGCUUCUCCAAAUGCAUAGCGGGGAUCCUCUUCGUCGGAGUCUUCACUUCGUUGGCCUUCGCUCCAGAGCUCCUCCCCUUGUCCUGCUUGGGCCCCUUAGGCAGCUUCUUCAGACACCUGGUGGACAACAACAGUGAUGGACUCAUCAAUUUCUGGUGGUUCCUGUUGGGUCUUCACGUCGCCGAAGCUUGUCUUGCGCUGAGAGUGUGCAAAGAGAAAGGCAUCGGGGAUGGAACGGCGCGCUUCCUGUGGUUCCUCCAGACUCUAGUUUUUGGCUACUUCUCGAUGGGAAUGCUCUUUGACUACCAGCCGGAUCGGCCAAAGCAGAAAUGAGACCAGAAAAGAGCUUUGUUUAUGACCAUCUGUUGCUCUGUUUUGAUAGUAAUUUGAUCAUCAAAAUAAACUAUACACUUGAAUGGUGU